AUGAUUUUUAAGUCAACCUUGAAGUCUGUUAAAGUUGCUGAUGAACCUCUUCAUGAAGUAAUUUUAGAAAAAAUUUGGGACUAUCAUAAACGUUUUGGUGAUAAACCAUGUUUAAUAUCUGCUGAAGAUGAAUCAAUUAAAAUUACAUAUAAACAAAUUUUCCUCAAUGCUUAUUCUGUUGCUUCAUUUUUAAAAAAUAAUGGUUUUAAAAAACCAGAUGUUGCAACUUUUGUAACAUUUAAUAGUUGGGAAAUAUUACCAAUAUUUCUUGGAUGUUCUUUAAGAGGUAUUACACUUUCAGGAAUGAGUUAUGCUUUUAAUGAACGUGAAAUAGAAACACAACUUAUUGAUUCAGAUUCAAAAAUUGUUUUUUGUUCUAAAGAAGUUUUAAACAAAGUUUUAAAAGUUGCUAAAAAUUGUCCUAAAAUAAGAAUGAUAGUACUAUUAAAUGAUUUAAAGAAACCAACUGAAGAAUUACCAUUUGGUACUUAUAAAUUUAGUGAUGUUCUUGCUGCAACACCAGAUUUAAAAGAUUCUCAUAUUAAUAUUGAUCCUGUGAAAGAUAUUCUUAUUUUACCAUAUUCUUCUGGAACAACUGGAACACCAAAAGGAGUAAUGUUAUCGAAUAAAAAUUUUGGAACAAUGAUGAAUGCAGUAGAACAUCAUUUUGAAAGUACUAUUUUACCAUCAUUAUCAAAAUAUAUACAAUCAUGGGAGGACGAAUCAUCUCUAUUAUUCCUUCCAUUUUAUCAUAUUUAUGGUUUUGGUUUAUUAAUAAAUAACUUAUUAAGAGGAAGCACUGGUAUUAUAAUGAAACAUUUUGAUCAAAAUAUAUUUUGUAGUAUGAUACAAAAAUAUAAAAUUAAAGUUUUAGCACUUGUACCACCAAUUCUUGUAUUUUUAGCAAAACAUUCAAUACCCCAAAAAUAUGAUCUUACCAGUUUACGUUUUAUUUUAACAGGUGCUGCACCAUGUGGUAAAGAUUUAAUUGAUGAAGUUAGAAAAAAAUAUCCUAGUAUACAACAUAUUUAUCAAGGAUAUGGAAUGACUGAAGUUGGUAUGGGAUCACAUUUUCCAUUUGUUGAUGAAAAUUCAAACACAUCUGCUGCUGGAAGAUUAGCACCAAAUUAUGAGAUGAAAAUUGUUGAUGUAGAAACAGGAAAAGAACAAAAUAUUGGUGAAAAGGGUGAGAUAUGGUUACGUGGACCAACUAUUAUGUUAGGAUAUUAUAAAAAACAACAUGAAACUGAUGAAAUGAUUGAUCGUAAUGGAUGGCUUAGAACAGGAGAUAUUGGAUUUGUCGACAAACAUAACAAUUUAUUUAUUGUUGAUAGAAUUAAAGAACUUAUUAAAGUAAAAGGACUUCAAGUAGCACCUGCAGAAUUAGAAGAUAUAUUAUUAUCUCAUCCAAAAGUUCAAGAUUGUGCUGUUAUUGGUAUACCAGAUAAUGAUGCAGGUGAAUUGCCUAAAGCUUUUGUUGUUAAAAAAGAUAAAACAUUAAAUGAAAAAGAUGUAUAUGAUUAUGUUGCAAAUAAAGUAGCUCAUUAUAAACAUUUAAAGGGUGGAGUUGAAUUUAUUGAUGAAAUACCAAAAUCCCCAGCUGGAAAAAUAUUGAGAAGAUUUUUAAGAGAAAAAGUAUCAUUAAAAAAUAAGAUAUAA